AUGGAGUACCUCAACCGCCUCUCGAGCCUGGUGACCUCGCCCGCAAAGACGGCCACCAACCUUGGCGCAGCACGCAGGCGCAAGGCCUCGACCCACAUCAACGAUGGCUCGCCCGACGCCUUCAGGCGCGAUUGGGACGCCGUCAAGGGCACCCUGCAAAAGCCAGACCAGAGGGCCCUCUUCUUUGGCAUCCAACGCACCGACGUCCCAGACGGGCUCAGAAGAAUCGUCGACGCACUCGUCUUUGAAAACAACCGCUCCACCGAGGGUCACACCGGACCUUGCAUGGAGCAUCUGCUCAAGCACGAUCUGCUCGAAGAGCUCGUGCAGCUGAGCGCCCAAGACCAGCCAUCCGGCAUCCUGGGCGAAGUAAUCCGAACGCUCACCAACCUCGUCAUCCUGCUCGACGAAAAAUUCUUAAGCCGACAGGCUGCCCAUCGGCCAAUCUCUAUGCUCAUCAACCUGUGCAUGAACGGUGAUGGAUCCACAGACGACGACCAGGACGACGAUCCUACCGGGCAGCGCAGGACGGCACGACGCAGCGUGACCGACCCAGACGCCGAACACAACAGUGACCUCGUCGAUCUAAUGUGCCACGUCGCCAGCCGCAUCCGCAACACGCCCGACCUCCUCCUCAUCUUCUUCACCGACGAGCGGAUCAAGGCCACCAGCAUGGCAGAGAUCGGUGGGGACCCCACAGCCGUCACCAUCGCCGAGCCGGCGGUCGCGGCCGCCGAAACGGGUCGCGAGGUGCGACCGCCUUCCCCAGCGGGUUCGAUCGAUUCGGUCGCGACGUUGCAGCCGUCGAGGGCCGAGACCGCGACCGAAGGCGCAGGGAUCACCACGUAUCGUCGUCUCAGGUUCCCGCUGUUCUCUCACCUGCUCCGCUUUGCCCACCGGGAAGGCCGAACGGGCGAGCUUGCGCGAGCAGGCCUGCUCUUCCUCAUCACCCUCGAGGUCAACACCUCGCCUUCGGCAGGGCCAAGAGCGAGAGGCGGAGCGCCAGCCAAGACCGAGGGCCAAGACGCCGCCGCGCUGGAGGAAAAGGCUCAGGCCGAUGCGCUCAAGACGGCCCUGGCCAUCUUCGUGGCCAACUCCGACUUCGCCGAUGUCUUCGGAGCGGGGCUUGGAGCUGCCUAUGGCCUGCUGCCGACGAGGAUCUACAUGGCCCCGGUGCACGAUCCUACCCGGGGCCCCCGAAGCGACCUCACGCUUGGCAGGUCAGACUCUGAGCUCACCCUGGGAAGCGCGACGGCGGCAAGAGAGCCGGAAGACCACUCGUCGACCUCGUUUUCCACCGUCACGCGGAGCGACAGCCCAGAGCUACAGGCGCAGCUUCGCCUGCUGGUCGACCUGCUCGACUUUGCUCAAGAUGUUCUGGAUGCCGUCGGCGUCAGCGCCAGGUCGAGCGCGCGCACGGCCGCAUCCGGAGAGCAUGAGCCAUUCUCUCCCGUGGAUUCAAUGGUCGAGAAGCUGGCGACGAGCGUGGCCAUCGCGGUGCGCGACACCUUCAUCAAGAACGUCGUCUACCCUUCCCUCAUGGAGAGCAGCGACGUGGACGGAAGCGCCACCGCCGUCAUGAGCUACCUCGAAGUGGUGAUGCUUGUGCUUCGCGAGAGGCACCUGCUCACCGAGGUGGUCCUGCAGUACCUCUUGUGCUACGAGCGUCUGCCGACCAACGACGCCCAGUUCGACGAGGCUGAUGCUACGGCGAGCCGCCUGGCCUACCGCCUUGCCGAUGAUGGCGCGGAUCGCUACAGUCUCAAGGAUCUCAUCCUCGACAACAUGAGCAGCGGACGGACGGUGUCGGCCGCAACGGCAGCGAUGAAGCUCGCCAGAACCCUCAUCGUGUACCAUGGGCGGCAUGCCAACGAUGCUCUGCUCGAGCCCAGAAAGGGAGCGCACCCUUCCGCUGGGCAGAAUGCAGACGGCGAGGACUCUGCCGACUUCGGUUGGGGUGCUCCCACCAAGAACGAGCCGUCGACCCGACCGCUCGAGGCCGUACCACUGCAGAUCAGCCAGCACGUCAAAGAGAUCGACGCAUACGCCACCCUGCUCUCCCGUUUCGAGGGUGCAGCCAGUCCCGAGGCGAUGCUCAACAGCCUGAGCCCCUAUCUACUCGACGCCGAGCAGGCGGUCCGACGUGACAGCUGCUUCGAGGCUGCGCUCCGACCUUUCCCGCAGAGGAGGCGGCAGAUGCACUCCCACGGCGAGCGCUGCGACCCAACGCACUGGUUCCAGAUCCGUCUGUCCCCCACCGAUGUCUUCUUCCAGCAGGUCUGCGAGCUCCUGGCGCGCCUGUUCCGGCAGACCCCGGAGCAGAACCUGGCGCUUUCGGGCAUCAUCUCGUCGCUGGCCGUGAGUCCGAUUCGCAGCCUCAAGGGGUGGCUCACCUUUGACGGCGAAGAGGACGGGGCGGGCGCGAUCCCAGCGGUGCUGGAUCUGCUCUCCCAUCUCUCCAGGCAGGUCGGAGGCUAUCGCGAAAACAUCCCGGACUUUGACCGCUACCUGGCGGACCGGCGCAAGGGGCUCCUGCUGGCCGAAGACCUCAGCGAUGCGCUCGAAAUCAACGAGCUCACCGACGACGACAGCUUCGGUGAAAAGGGCGCCGCCUCCGAUGAGCAUGUCGUCGGCAAGGAGGCCUCGAGCAAGAAGCUGGCGCCAUCGCUAUCCUUGCCGCGCACCCGCCCGCCCAGAGCCGCGCAAGACGCCGAUGGGGACAUCGAUGAGGCAUCUAUGAAUGCGCUCAGGAUGGUCGACGAUCGACGAGAGGAGCUCUCGCCGGAAAUGUCCGCAAAAAACCUCGCGACCGCCGGCGAAGGGUCCCAGACGGCAGGCACCGCCGACGCCGACGAGGGUACGAGCCCCGCAGCCGCCGCGCCGGAUGCGCGGUCGAGCGCGUUGGCGAGGCUCUUUGGCGGCAGGGCGGUCAAGGCCGGUGCGGCGGUUGCGCAAGCAGGUGCGCAGCCGAGCGGGCGGGACGGCUCAAGAGCGGCAGAGUCGAGCAAGCUGGCCGCGAGCACCAUCAGCCCGUACACGCGCCACUAUCAGGAGACGUUGGCCAUUUCGGUCCAGGCCACGACGGCGGCGGGGGCCGAGGCGUGGAGAAAGCCCGUCGAGAUCCGGGCCAUGGAUGCCGGCAAGGAGGACGUCGAGGUUGUGACGCUGUCGAGCGUCCUCGACAACACCAUCCUGCUCGAGGAGCUGAUCAAGGAGAUUCUGGCCAUCAUCGAGGUGCGGCGAGCCUGGGGAAUCGAUCCGGUCUCGUUUCGGGCCGAGGACGAGGCGGCGGUCUAG